AUGGGUGGCCCAAGGCAAACUAUUAGCUCUGCAUCUGAAGAAGAUCCUCAGUAUGCGAUGAUGGAUGAGAAGAAAAGGAGAAGGAUGCUGUCGAAUCGGGAAUCGGCCAGGCGAUCUAGAAUGAAGAAGCAGAAGCUUUCAGAGGAUUUGAUCAGUGAAGUGAGCAGACUGCAGAAUUUGAACAAGGAGAUAAAGCAAACAAUUGAUGCCACUACUCAAGGAUAUCAAAACUUUGUGUCUGAGAAUAAUGUUUUGGUGGCUCAAAAGAUGGAGCUGGUGGAUCGGCUGAAUUCUCUGAAUUUUAUACUUCAAAAUGUGCAAGAUGUUUAUGGUGUGCCCCUGGACAUUCCUGAGAUCCCAGAUCCUUUGCUGAAACCAUGGAGCCUUCCUUGCCCAUUGCAACUUAUCCCAGCUUCUUCAGACAUGUUGCAGUUCUGA